AUGGAAGUGGCUUCAUUGAAAGAUAGACCAGACUUGACUUUUGAUAAAAGACAUGAAUUGUAUAAAUUAAGUAAAGUAGUUGGACGUGAACAUGUAAUGUUAAAUGUAAUGUCAAUAAAGAGAGGUUUUGCGAUUGACAUACAGAACUUUGCAUGUCUAUUGAAUAGUCAACUACGUGAAGAACAAUUCUGUUUCUUCUUUAAAAAAUUACCACAAAAAUCCGAAAAUACUAUUAGAUUAUUUGAAAGUAGUUCAGGAGAUUAUUACAGCGUUCACGGAGAAGACGCUCUUUACAUUGCACAAAAUGUCUAUAAGACGUCGUCUGUGAUUAAAUAUUUUGGCGGGAACGUAAAAAAGGGAAUUCCCAGUUGCACGUUAUCUCGUCUAGCAGCCGAAUCUUUCUUGCGUAAUGCGUUGUUGAAUGAACAAAUGAAAGUGGAAAUCUGGCGUGGCGAACCUAGAAAAAAUGUUUGGAGAAUAAUUAAACAGGCAUCACCGGGAAAUCUACAAGAAUUCGAAGACCUACUAUUCAACAACGUAGAAAUCUCCACAUCUCCAAUUGUAUUAGGCGUGAAAUUAGGCACGAAGGGUGGACAAAAGAUUGUUGGUGUCGCGUUUGCCGACGCGUCUAUUCGUGAAUUGGGAUCAAUGAUUAUUCAACUUGGAGUUAAAGAAUGCAUCAUUCCAGCUUCUGAAACAGAUUAUGAAUUGAGCAAGAUUAAAGGCGUGUUGGAUAAAUGCGGCGUUGUUAUUACUGAGCAGAAAAAAGGUGAUUUUUCGAAUAAAGAUAUUGAACAGGACUUGAAUCGAUUAUUGGCUAAUGGAAGAUCAGUCACCACUUUACCUGAAUUCGAGUUGAAAAAUGCUCUGGGUGCAUGCGCUGCCAUAAUCAAAUAUUUGUCGUUAUUGACGGAUGAAAGUAAUUUUGGUCACUACAUUUUACGACAUCAUGAUUUGUCACAGUAUAUGAAACUGGAUGUGUCUGCUGUUCGAGCGUUGAAUUUGAUGCCAGGUCCACAAGAUGGAUCAAACAAGACAAUGAGCUUAUUUGGCCUAUUGAAUAAAUGUAAGACUGCUCAAGGUGUGCGAUUGAUGUGUCAGUGGCUUAAACAGCCGUUAAUGGAUAUCAAAGAAAUUGAACAAAGACAAACAUUGGUCGAAACUUUUCUUGAGGAUAUGGAAUUACGGCAGUCGUUAAGGGAAGAGGCGAUUAAAAGUAUGCCUGAUCUACAUCGGCUGGCAAAGCGAUUUCAAAGAGGUGUUGCCUCACUACAGGAUGUUGUUAGAGUAUAUCAAGUAAUCAUAAAGUUACCAGCUCUGAUAAGUGUAUUGGAAAACAACUGUUCGAUAAAUGAUGAACAUAAAGAACUUUUGGAAUUGAUAUAUAUAGUGAAAUUUAAGGAAUUCAUGGAGCAAUUAGAUAAAAUGAAAAACAUGGUAGAAACCACCAUCGAUUUAGAAGCCGUGGAAAAUCAUCAUUAUAUUAUUAAACCAGAAUUUGAUAGCGAACUUCAAGAAAUUCGUGAUAAAAUGGAUCAAAUCAUGGAUGAAUUGAAAAAGGAACAUUACAAGAUUGGCGAUGAUCUCAAUUUAGACGUAGUAAAGAAAUUACGCUUUGAGAAAACUACAGCAUACGGAUACUGUUUUCGGCUGACGCGUAAUGAUGCUGCGUGUGUACGACGCAACAAAAAACACAUUGAACUUACGACUCAACGAACCGGUGUUUUCUUCACGACGACAAAAGUUAAAGAAUUAAAUCAGAAUUUUUCAGAGUUUGCCGAAGAAUAUGAAAAGAAACAGAGUAGUUUAGUUAAGGAGGUUAUUGAGAUUGCAGCUACAUAUUGUCCAAUCUUGGAAACUCUUAAUGGAUUAUUGGCGCAUCUUGAUGUGUUGCUUAGCUUUGCACAUGUAUCAAUUAAUGCACCGAUACCGUACGUUCGUCCAAAAAUAAGCGAAAAAGGUAGCGGACACGUGCUAUUAAAAGGUGCAAGACAUCCAUGUUUAGAGGUUCAAGCCGAUGUAUCCUUUAUUCCGAACGAUGUAGAAUUAAUUCAAAAUAAAAGUGAAUUUCUGAUAAUUACUGGUCCAAAUAUGGGUGGCAAAUCAACUUAUAUUCGUCAAAUCGGUGUAAUCGCAUUAAUGGCACAAGUUGGUUGUUUUGUGCCUUGCUCUGAAGCAGAUAUCUGUAUUUUUGAUUGUAUUCUUGCGAGAGUCGGUGCGGGUGAUAGUCAGCUUAAAGGAAUUUCUACGUUUAUGGCAGAAAUGCUGGAAACUGCGACUAUUUUAAAGACGGCGACCGCGUAUUCCUUAAUCAUAAUUGACGAACUUGGUCGUGGAACUAGCACAUACGAUGGUUUCGGCUUAGCUUGGUCAAUUUCUGAAUACAUCGCAAAGCAAAUCCGAUGCUUCAGUCUAUUUGCUACGCAUUUUCACGAAUUGACAGCCCUCGCCGAUGAACUAUCAUACGUGCGUAAUCUCCACGUAACAGCGGAAAUUGGCACAAAUUCCGAAGGAGGACGUGAUAUCACACUAUUGUAUCGAGUCAUUGAAGGUGUAUGUGAUGAGAGUUUUGGUAUUCAUGUUGCAGAGUUGGCGAAUUUUCCCGAAACAGUUGUAAAGUUGGCUAGAUGGAAAGCAAAUGAAUUGGAAGACUUUUCGACGAACCAAAAUUGUAUGGAGAUUGACAACGAAAACGUUCUACCAAAACCGUUAUCAACAUCAAAGACUAAAUCCACACAGACAGAAAUCGAGCACGGAAACGCAAUAAUCUCAAAUUUCCUUCGUGAAGUCGCUGAUUCCGUAGACAUUAAUAAUAUCAUCACCAAUAGCCAUCCUAUGAAAUACGAUACAAUGUUAGAGAAAUUACGAGGAAUCUCGGAAAAGUAUAGUGGUCAGGUCGAGACCAGUCCUUGGUGUCGGGAAGUGAUUGCGGAAUUUUAG